CCUGUUCCGUCCUCAGCCUCCUCCCCCCUCCUUCCCCAGCGAGCCUGCCACUGUUCCACUCCACUUCCACGGAUUCCGCCGGGCGAGCCUCCGAAAUCCAAGGUCGGGCUAGGGUUCUUUCGCAGCGCGCGCCAAUUCCUGCGAUUUCCAGGGUUCUACCCCCGCCGGGAGUUCCAGCUUCGCAUCUCGGUGGGAGUAUAACUGCUCGAGCAAGCAAGCGCGAUCCGGCGACGCCACCGGACCGUCGGAGGAAAUGCAGGCUCCGCGGGCUCCGGUCCUCGUGCAAAACGAGAACUUGCCCAUAUUCCGAGGCGUUGAUGGGAAGAAAGCCGGGGUGGCGCGCGGGCCUGCGGCCAGGGCGGGGCGGCGAGCCCUGGGAGACCUCGGUAGAGCCGGCAAAGCUCCGCCGGCCGGCGCCGCCGGGAAGGCCGCACCAGCAGCAGCAGCAGCAGGGAGCGUGCAGGGGUCGAAGGGCGUGGCGAAACCGAGCUCUCUGAGCGAUGGGGACUGGAUGAAAUGCUGCGAGUGGGCUAAGGGUGGCAUUGAGACUGCGAGUUUCACCGGGAAUGAUAUGCAGAGACUGAUGGCCGACAAGCAAGAAGAGCGCAUACGAAAGAAGGUGGAGAGGGCAAUGGGCUUUUUGCAAGUCUCCAUGGACAGUAUUUAUGACAUCGAUGAACCAUCGAAGAUAUCCCUGGACGAUCCAGAUGAUGAAACAACAUUGGAGCUUGAUCCUGAGUUCCUUCCUCCAACGGCGUACUUAAGCUCAAGACUAGGUGAGCAUGAUGGCAACUAUCUCCUUUCUGAUUUGGAAUUUGAGCAUGCCCCUUUUUUUGGUUGCAAUUUUGACCUGAAGCUCAAGGAUGACUACUGAAAUGAUAGUUUUUCUAGAUCAACGGUAUUACUCCGUUGAGGUUUCAUCGUUCAGUGACUCAGUGUACUGGUUAUAUUGUCCAACUGUUGUAGUACAGUACAUCUAGUUAUACUGCAAGGUAUCUGUUGUUGGUAUGCCUUAUCUUAUGUUGUCCAGAUUAGGCCGCCAUCAUACUUGCAGUUUGUAUGUGCCCCGUGUUGUUAGGCUGUCCUGGUUGUAGUAUGAUGUAACGCUAAUGGUAAAUUAAUAAUUGUUAUCACUUCCUAUUUGCAAA